GUAGCUGUACAUAAAAUCAAGCAACUAGCCAUCGCUGUCAGUCACCCAAAUACUACUGUUUGCUAACGCUCAGGUGUGCGGUUUCUUGAUUACAGGUGUUAAAGAUGCCUUCUUACAAGUACACGUAUUUCAAUCUUCGUGCGAGGGGGGAGAUACCACGCCUGAUUCUUAAAACUGCUGGAGUAGAUUUCGAAGACAAUAGGAUUGAAUUUAACGAUUGGCCCGCCCUAAAAGCAAGUACCCCCUUUGGUCAGCUCCCAUUUAUAGAGAUCGACGGAGAGCCGUUCCCUGAGAGUAUGUCCAUCUCACGGUCCCUUGCUGCAGAAUACGGCGUUGCCGGGAAGACUUCCCGGGAGCGACUCAGGGCGGACGUACUCACAGAGCAGACCCGAUCCAUGAAGGAGGGUAUCUACAAAUACUUCUUUGAGGGCGACGCCAACAUCAAGGCAGAGGCGCAGAAGAAGUUCGAGGAGGAGAUCCGGCCCAAGUACCUGAAAACCUGGGAGCAAGCGGCCAAGGACAAUGCUUCCGGGGCAGGGCACCUCGUGGGUAAUACUCUGACCAUUGCUGACCUGGCCAUGAUGGACACUCUGGACGCCGUGCUGCAAGACGAAGCCUUCAAGGCCACGUUCCCAAAGACCUACCCCAACCUGGCAAAGAACUACAACACAGUGACUGGCAUCGCGAAUAUCAAGAAAUACCGGGAGUCAAGGCCACAGACCUCCAUUUAAACAUUGACUUUCAUUGUACAACAAGUGGACGUGGAUGUGCCAUACACUGGCUGACUUGUCCCAACGCUUUAUCAGCAAAACGUCCAAGAAUUUGCACUUUACAAAUAGAGUGUUAUCCGAAAUAAGAUGUGUUACUUUUGACCACUUUCUACAGUUCAUUGUGUGUUCAUAGUUUUCGGUCAUCAAAGCCGUUUCAAGUUCCACUUGUCAGAGGAGUACGCAAAAUAAGUGUGCGAGACUACCAUACUGUUAAAAAAUGUAGGGGAAUUGAACUUUCAGUUUGGAUAGGAAAUAAGCGUUAACACACUUUUCAAAGACAGAUUAUCUGAUGAACGCACCACCAUUUCUCUUUAUCACCACCCCUAAACACAACCACGGGAGGGACAGACGCAGGAGCCCCAUUCACGUGCAAUGUUGUGAAAUUCUUGACUUUGACGGUUUUCAAGAAAGUUGAUAAAUCACUCUAGACCAUUAAUUUUGACAAUCAUUUUGCAUCACACAGUUGUUAGUGUUUGUUUCUA